UCGGGGUUGGUCCUUCCGCCGGAAGCGGCGCGGGAGGGAAGAGGGAAGAGGGACGGCGGCAGCGGCGGAGCCGGAGCGGCCGCAGCCAUGAACAUCCGGAACGCGCGGCCCGAGGACCUGAUGAACAUGCAGCACUGUAACCUGCUCUGCCUGCCCGAGAACUACCAGAUGAAGUAUUACUUCUACCACGGCCUCUCCUGGCCUCAGCUCUCCUACAUCGCUGAGGAUGAGAAUGGGAAGAUUGUGGGCUAUGUCCUGGCUAAGAUGGAGGAGGACCCCGAUGAUGUCCCUCAUGGGCACAUCACGUCCCUGGCAGUGAAGCGCUCGCACCGGCGCCUGGGGCUGGCGCAGAAGCUGAUGGAUCAGGCCUCCCGUGCCAUGAUCGAGAACUUCAAUGCCAAAUACGUCUCCCUCCACGUCCGCAAGAGCAACCGGGCGGCUCUGCACCUCUACUCCAACACCCUCAACUUCCAGAUCAGUGAGGUGGAGCCCAAAUACUAUGCAGAUGGGGAGGACGCCUAUGCCAUGAAGAGGGACCUCACCCAAAUGGCAGAUGAGCUGCGGAAGCAGGUGGAGCAGAAGGAGCGUGGCCGCCCCCCGGCUCCCACUGAGCCCCCCCGGGCUGGGGAAGGGGGUUGUGGUAGUGGGGGGGCCCCCCCCCAGCCCGUGCCCCCCCCUCCUGAAGAUGGGGGGCCUGACAGCAAAGACGUCAGCGAGGUCAGUGAGACCACCGAGAGCACCGACAUCAAAGACAGCUCCGAGGCCUCUGACUCUGCUUCAUAGGGACCCCCCUGGGGCACCCCCAAACCCUGGGACCCCCACUUGGUGCUGGGGGGGGGGGCAAUAAACCCCCUCCCCCUCCA